AUGGACCCGAGGUUGACAUCUGGAGUGCUGGAGUUAUCCUGUAUAUUUGACUUUGUGGUGUUUCACCUUUCUGGGCAGUUUCAAAACUUUUUCCCUGUAGAAACUGAACAAGGGGUAGCACAAGCAAUUAUUCGAUCUGUCAUUGAUUUCAAGAGGGAUCCUUGGCCAAGAGUUUCUGAUAAUGCGAAGUACCUGGUGAAGAAAAUGCUUGAUCCUGCUCCAAAAAAGCGGCUGACUGCCCAGGAAGUGCUUGAUCAUCCUUGGAUACAAAAUGCCAAGAAGGCCCCAAAUGUCCCACUUGGUGAGACUGUGAGAGCAAGGCUGAAACAAUUUUCCAUAAUGAACAAGCUGAAGAAAAGAGCCCUUGGGGUUAUAGCCGAGCAUUUGUCAGUUGAGGAAGUAGCUGGCAUAAAAGAGGCAUUUCAAAUGAUGGACACUGGCAACAAGAGCAAAGUAACCAUAGAAGAGCUUCGAAGUGGUGUACAACAGCUUGGGCAGCAGAUUCCUGAUCCAGAUCUUCAAAUACUAAUGGAAGCUGCUGAUGUUGAUGGCGAUGGAGCUCUGAACUACGGAGAGUUUGUUGCAGUUACAGUUCACCUUAAAAGGAUGGCCAAUGAUGAUCACCUACAUAAAGCUUUUGCAUUCUUCGAUCAAAACCAAAGUGGUGAGGAAGUAAUCCUUGUGAUUAUGUAUGAUGUGGACACAGACAAGGAUGGGCGCAUAAGUUACGAGGAGUUUGCUGCUAUGAUGAAGGCUUACAGAAUGGAGAAAAGCAUCCAGGCAAUAUUCACGGGAAAGAUUUAA